UCGGUGGCCUAUAAUCCAAGUUUGUUCAAUUUUUCAAAGGACAAUAUGGCCAACUUCACUGUCGCUGUACCAUCCGGGCACCCUCAGCUACAAAGAGUCCCGGCCAGAUGGGACCAGCUGCAGGAGUUCGGGCGGUAUGUGGAGCAGCUGCAGAAGGAUUACCUCAACCGCGACGGAGGCGUGCUGGUGAGAUUUCCUUCGGAGGUGUUACAAGACCUGAUAGAGGGUUUCGACAAGGAAAGAAAGAAAGCCUCAGACGUAAGAGUCGGAAUCUUGCAGCAGAAUUUUCAACCGGUGCCGAGGGAGGAGAAUUGCUUCCACCAUUACGUCGAAGAGGUCGAGCCGAUGACGCUGUCGGGAUACUCGACAUACUGUGCGCAACAGGCGUACAGCGGGCGGAUGGAGCUACACGAGAUGAAGGAGGACUACUUCCGACGCCUCGCAACCUUUGACAUUGGUACGCCUGGUGUCAAAUACGGUGCUGACCAGGAGAACACGGACCUGUUCAAGUGCACAUCCGUUUUUGAGCUGAACGAUGUGCACACUAUACUCAAGGGCACAAGUCUGGAAGAAGUCCCAGGGCUCGUGAGGAAGUACGGGUACUUCGGGUGUUACGGCUCCAGUUUCGCAGCCCACGUGGAGAAUGCACUUCUCUACAGCGCCAACCUCCACAUGUACGGGUGGCCAAAGUUGUGGUGA